AUGGCGCAGGAGGACGUAGACGACCUCGCCAUUGCGGCGCAGGCUGCAAAGGAGAUGAUGGACGAGAUCGAGGCCCGCAAGCGGGCGGCAGCAGCGAGCGCCCCGGCGCCCGUCACGGCCACGCAGCCGCAGCCAACUGACACCGCUGCGCCGGCCUCGCCCCCCGACGGCGACGCUCCCGCCCGGACGGACCCCGACGGCGCGCAGCAUCCGGCCGACAGCGCAGCCAGCGGCGAGCGCGAGUUCGAGACGGACAGCGACCCGAUCUCUGACAGCGAGACGGAGUCGGACAGCGACGUGGAGGGCGCCGGCGGCGACGACGACGACGACGGCGGCCUGCCGGGCGUGCUGGGCGCGGUGCUGGGCGCGCUGGAGCCCGCGAGCGACGGCGAGGACGACGAGCCGCCCAGGACGAAGAACGAAGUCACAGAGCUGCCGCCCGUGGACCCGGUGCCGCCGGACGCGGUCAAGGCCGACGACGCGCUCGUCCACAUCGGCACGCUCACCGCCGUCGUCGAGGGCACCGCGGUCGUCCAGGCCGCGCAGGGCGCGCCGCCGCUGGGCGAGGGCUCCAUCCUCGUCCUCUCCGACACACGCACUCCGCUCGGACGCGUCGAGGAGACCUUCGGCCCCGUCGCCGCGCCCCUCUACUCCCUCCGCCUUCCGCAGUCGGACGCAGCGCCGCCGCCGCACGGCGCCGCGGUGUCGACGGUGCAGCGGCUGGCAGAGUACCUCCUGCCCGCCGAGCUGUACUCCAAGGGGUACGACGCGUCAGGGCUGCACGACGAGGAGCUGCCGGCGACGCAGCAGGACUACUCGGACGACGAGGCGGAGGCGGAACAGAAGCGGAGGGCGCGCGCCGGGAAGAAGGGGGGGGUGUCGGGCGGGGGUGCUGGGAAGGGGCGGCCACGGGAGCCGCGGGGCGAGCGGCGCGGACCGGGGGUGUCGCCGGGGGUGUUGCCGGGGGUGCCUGCGGGCCCGCCGGCCUACGGGGCGCCGCCGCAGGGGUGGGGGGGUGGGCUGAACGUCCCGGGGGGGUUUUACGCGCGCCCGCCGAUGCCGAUGGGGCACGGGUACGGGAUGCCGUUCCCGCCGUACGGAGCGCCGAUGCCGCAUGGGUUCGGAGGUGGACCGAUGCCGCCGCGCGGCCCCCCGCCGCCCGGGCCGUGGGGCGCGUACCCGCCCCGCGGCGGCCCGGCGCCGCCUCCGGGGCCGCCUGGAGCGCCGCGGCCGCCGCCGGGGUGA